AUGGAGGGUCUUUUCUUCAACGUCAACAACGGCUACAUCGAGGGUAUUGUUCGAGGAUACCGAAAUGGCCUCCUUACCGGUGCCAACUACUCCAACCUGACACAAUGCGAGACCAUCGAUGAUCUCAAACUCCAGCUCGGCCCGGCGUACGGUGACUUCCUGGGCUCUCUGCCGCCAAACCCCUCCACCUCAGCGCUUGCAUCGAAGACGACCGACAAACUGGUUUCCGAGUUUCGAUAUGUGCGUGCCAACGCAGUUGGCUCCCUAGCGACCUUCAUGGACUACCUGACUUACGGAUACAUGAUCGACAACGUCGCUCUUCUCAUCACCGGAACCCUCCACGAGCGUGACACGCGCGAGCUGCUGGAGCGAUGCCACCCUCUGGGCUGGUUCGAAACGAUGCCUGUGUUGUGCGUUGCCACCAAUAUCGAGGAGCUCUACAACAGUGUGUUGAUUGAGACGCCGCUGGCGCCCUUCUUCAAGGGGUCUUUGUCGCACCAGGAUCUAGAUGAGUUGAACAUUGAGAUUGUCCGAAAUACGCUGUACAAGAACUACCUCGAAGAGUUCCACAACUUCGUCAAUACCCACCCAGACAUGGCUGGAACGCCAACGUCCGAGGUCAUGUCCGAGAUUCUAGAGUUUGAGGCCGACCGUCGCGCUAUCAACAUCACGUUGAACUCGUUCGGUACCGAGCUGAGCAAGGCAGAUCGUAAGAAGCUGUACCCCAGCUUCGGCCGACUCUACCCCGAGGGUACGCUGAUGCUGUCGCGGGCGGAUGACUUCGAGGGUGUGAGACUGGCAGUCGAUGGCAUCUCCGACUACAAGAGCUUCUUCGACGCGGCAGGCUUGGGCGGCGGUCCGGCUGGCCCGGGCAAUAUGGCUGGCGGGGUUUCCGAUGGCCGAAGUCUCGAGGAUAUGUUUUACGAGAAGGAGAUGCAUAUUUCCAAGGGUGCCUUCACCAGACAAUUCACAUAUGCCAUUGUGUAUGCGUGGGUGAGACUUAGAGAGCAGGAGAUCCGCAACAUCACAUGGAUCGCAGAGUGCAUAGCUCAGAACCAAAAGGAGCGCAUCGGCAACUACAUCAGCGUCUUCUAA